GACCCGGCCGUUACAGCGGCGGCGUUCACAGUCGCCAUACAACGAUAUUUUACGAAUUACGGAGACUCCGUCAGUAAUGCCAGUGCGUUGGACCGAGCCGGCGCCGCUCGCAUUUUAGCGCAAGUAGCACACGGCGUUAUACCGCGGACCGGGUUUUUCGUUUUCGUAUUAUAACAAUAAUUUGAUUUUCGUUUUUCCUCCUGCACCGGAGGGACGACUGAUAAAAAUACAACGCGCGAGGCGUCAUCGCGGCGGUGGUUUUAUAACUCAUUUCCCUCCUCCCCGAAGCACUUCAUCACGCUGUAUUUUUUCGACGCGUUUCGUUUGCUCCUUCCCGAAGGAACAGUCCACGUGCGAAUCAUAGACACAGCUGUGCGUGUCCCGGAACGUUUUUUUUUUUUUUUGAUAUUCUAUAAAGUAUAUUUUUUUAUAUUAUUUCCGUUCCCGAAGAAAAUGCUCUCGUCCGGCGGUGGCCGUUACGGCGACCGUCGCCGUCGUUGACGCAGCCGACCGCGGCUGUACGUCCGCGAUGAGCUAUCGUCGAGCCAAAGCGACACACGACGACCGGAUCGGAGCCAAGGCGGCAACGGAACUUCACGCUGGUGACUGAAGGAUCUCAGCAGCCGAAUGGCCCUAAUGCUAGUCGGCUUGUUGAAAGUCUUCUCGGCACUCGUUUUGAUCGUGUCCACAUCGAGCAAUUCGUUGCUACUGCUAGUGUUCUACCGCCGACCUGGUCUGCGCACUCUAUCAAACAGAUUCGUGAUGAAUUUGUUGGUGACGAAUUUGGCGAGCAGUUGGAUACUGGUGCCGUUGACGUUAUGGGAAAGCGGCCCGUUCAGUAGUUGGACGUCGCCAUUACCGCCGGCCGUGUGGCACGGGCUUACCGGAGCCGUGUACGCUCAGUCCGUAUUGUCUGUGAUGACGGUGGCCGUGGAUCAGUACUAUGCGGUCACCGAUCCGCUCAGGUAUCACGUGACGGUGAACGCGGCCAGCUGCGCGGUGGCCGUGGCGGUUACGUGGUGCCUGUCGGCCGUGGCCGGUGCCCUGUCGGCCCUACGCGAGCUGUCCGUCGCGCCCGAAGUGUACCGGUACGCGUUCCCCGUGGCAUACGCCGUACUCCUCUACGUCGUGCCGUUCGUUACCGUGUGCGUAGUGUACGUGAAAAUAUGCACCGCCGCGCACCGGAACAGCGAACGGGCUCGACGCAACGGGUCCGUCCCGGACCACUUGCAGCAGCAGCAACAACCGCUUCAGCAGCAGCAACAGCAGCAACAGCAACAACAACCGUUUCAACAACAACAACAGCUGCAGUACAAUAAUAACAACAAUAACAACAACAACAACAACAAUAACAUCAAUAACAACGAGUAUAACAUAGUUCCUACCAUUCAAGAAGAGGACGACGAGACGUUGGAGUCCGCUUCGUUGCAGGCGGUCGUGUCCUACGAACCGGAGGCAUCGUCCAAACCGUCUCAGUCCACUCGAGCUAGUCUGAAGAGCACGUCCAGUUCCAUUGUAAACCAUUUGAGAUACAGGAUAUCGAACGCGAGCAUGUUCCGUUACCGGGAGGAGACGCGGGCGGCCAAGAUCUCCGCGCUAGUCAUUGUCACGGCGGCCGCGUGCUGGACGCCGUACGCGGUGCUCAAGCUGUCCGAGUGGCCGCCGCUGUGCGGUGGCGGAGUCCCGUCGCCGGGCCCGCUGGCCGCGCUCCUGUCGCUGUCCGCGCACGCCGUCAUCACGCCCAUACUGUUCGCGCACCGCAACCGGCGCGUGCACCGCGAACUCUGCCGCAUAUUCUGCCGGCGGAAGCGGUGCAGCAGCUUCUACGACAACGUGCGGAACGCGACCGUCGCGUCGUCCGUGGCCUCGGGGCCCGUCAAGUCGGCGGCCACCGUCGGCGGCGCAAAAGCCGCGGGCCCGCAACACGUAUUCGGCCGGUGGUUUGGCAGCGGAACCGGCGGCAUCGGGUUCGGCAAGUCGGCCGCUCAACCGUCCGUCGCGCCGUCGUCCGUAGUCGUGCCCACCGUCGCGCACCUGCCCACCGACACCGAGAUGACGCGCAGCUCGUUCUCCAGCAACGGUAGCGCCACCACGCAGACGUCGUCCGUGAUCACGGUGGACUGACCGCGACGGUUCGCCGCCUACACUUCGAGGCGGCGCUGACUCGCCUGCUCCGGAACUUCUUUUCUAGUCACCCCCAUCGACCCCCCUCCCCCCCC